AACACGUGCACGGGCUCAAGAUUUUUCCAGCAUGGGUCAAAUAAUUAACGCGAGGACCUUCACAGUUAUUUUCAGUUCACUCGAACCUUUAGACGCUUCAUAGGUUUUCGAAUUUCGCACGUCUAUCAACCCCAACGGACAAAAUAUGAAACUUGCAGCGCAGAGGAUCUUGCGACAAUUCCGGGAGCCAAAUGGCUGAGACUACAAGUUCGUGCCGAAAGGCAUAUCAACAUCAAGACGACAUAACAGAGUCCAGAAAACUCACCCGAGCCGAUGCUGCUCCCUUAAGUGUAGGCUAUGGAUAUACUGGCGUUCCCUCCUAUCAGGUUACAACUGGCAAAUUCUCUUUCUCACGACUGCCAGGACAUCAAAGGUCCUUGCGGAUGCUGGGGCCGUUCCUGAGCAAAGAUCUCCAGUUGGAACUUGCCAGUCGGGAUGAGGAAAUCCGCCACGAGGAGACUGUCCCACCAUACCAAUGGGCAUCGAGACGGCAUGGCCACGCCGUAAAAGCACUAUACCGAGAAGUCCCAAAUCUUGACUUCGACAUGAGUCUAAUGCAGGAACUACUCCAGGAGUCUGAGGCUGUCACCGAAGUGCAAGAUGUUUAUGAUCCAUUAUAUGGUGACUUAUUCUGCUUUGGACAAGCCAUCGAUACUACCGUGCAGUGUGGUAGCUCUAGCAUAUGUGUUGUGCCCGGCGAACGCACUGGAGCCGGCCUCAAGAUCAAACGACUUGUAAACACAGUACACGGUUGGAAUUUCGACCAUAGUACAGGCUUGCUCUUGAGCUCUCCCCAGCGCCAUAUAGGACACUGGCAAGGACCAGGCGCGCGAAUCUUGCAAGUCUGUGAUUCCGAGGUCCAAGAGGGCAUGGAAGACUUUGUUGCUGUCCGUCUGCCGUCGGUCAUAUAUUUAUUGCGCCCAGUUUAUGAACGCUCUACGCCAUUCCCAAGUCAUAUGAAUCGCUCGUACUCGUCACUACAUCCAAAUCAUAUUUUAACAAUAUCAAAAAAAGAUAUCGAGGAAUCAGCCUUCGCUGAUGUUACUUUCAAUCCAUGGUACAAAAGACAAUUGGCAGUGGUGUCCCAAACGGGAUCGUGGCGUAUAUUUGAAAUCUCAGGCACCCAAAGACACAAAAGAUCGACAUAUACUACUUCCAUCGUUCGACAAGGAUCCUUUCAGCACUCCUCGAAACUGACCACUCGAGGUGACGAUGGUUGGUACAGAGUCUUGUGGAUAUGCAACAGCAAUGUAAUUGUAGUCUGCGCUAGACGCGAGAUCAAUUUUUAUAACAUUUCGACUCUCCCUCUGCGUCUUGGUAGACCAAAUUUGGGACUUGAUCACUCUUCCGAAUGGAUUCUGGAUAUGAGAAGAGUGCCUGGACAGAGGAAUCACCUUGCAAUAUUGACCACGACGCAUCUUCUGCUGAUUGACGCUGGUCACUUGGCCGAAACAAUGAACGCCGACGGCGAGAUCUUGACAGCCUCCAACAUAACGAGCUGGAAAUUAUGGCGUGACCGGGACGACAUCACGUUAAGAAUGAGCAUGGCUGCAGACCACGAUGGUAGCAUCCUGGCUGUCAUAUAUUCACGACUUAAUUUACUGAUCACGAACAUCCGCUUCGAGAUUUCAGAAGUCGCUGGAUCUGCUCGUUCAUUAAGCGACCCCUGUCAUCUUGACCUUGGUCAAGUCACUACUCGCAAUAUUGUCUCUGCCAAGAUCGCCCUUACCAACUUUGCGAGUGUUGAUGGCGCGAUGGAAAAAUCGGAAGAGGACCAUGACUAUGUCGACAAGUCUUUCUUCCAGCUCUUCGUGGUCCAUGACGAUUAUUCAAUGGAAUCUUUUGUGUUUUUUUCCUCCAGUUCCAAUGCGUCACGUCAUGAUGGACUCGUAGAGCCAUUUGAUUGGAUAAAGCCAUGGUCGAGGCAAGCACAGGUAUCUCAGAAGCAUGUUGACGACAUCAUGGAGGACACAAUGGAGGGCUUAAGUGAUUUCCACCUAGGCCAUGAUAACACUGAUUACGAUGUACCUGAGCCAAUCCAUCCGCCCGAUUUCGGUUCUGGGUUUCAUGAUAUUUACAAAUUCAGCGUACGGCAACAGGACGACGAUACUAGCCCCCUCAUUCCAUCUCUCGAUCGUGUGAGAUCAAAUCUAGAGGACAGCCACACUGAUGAUAUGUCAGCUGACCUAUCCCGUACGCUUUACGAAAUCAUUGGGCCUACUACCAUGGUUGCAGAUACUUCCACCGCAUCAUCUGCUUUCUGGGAUUUCUGUCGAACUGAGGUUACAAAUCUAGAGCCAGAUAUUCCAAAGUAUGGUAUAAGGCCAAUAAUCAGCAAUACUCAUAUUGGCCUUGAGAUGAUACAGCCUAUAGACGAUGAUGACCAGGAAGGUCGUGCCCAGGAUCUCACCAUAAGUGCAGUCUAUAGACAUGCUACUAAACACUGGCUCGGUGGUCUCAAUCCUGAUACUUCGCGGCACUUCCGCAGGUCCAGAGAACAUAUCAUACGUAGAGCUGCAGUCGACAUCGCUCUUUCAUUACACAACAUUCAAGCCAUACCUACGCAUCCUUCGGCGAGCCAGUCUCAGGAUCUGCCAAACGCCGCAACACAGUCCCAGACAGUGCCUGGAUCCUUGUUCACAAUACCGAUUCGCUCGUCUGACAAGGGGAAAGCACCAAUGUCCAGCAGACCUGACUCACAAGCAUCCUCAGUACCUCUCUCAUCGCAUUCACAGUCGAGAGGGACUCAGAGUCAUCAAUUGCCGACACCAGAACCCACGCCGUCAUUGACCUCGGCCUCUUUCAGUACGAGCUAUGUGUCCUCCGGUCCACUCCACCUCAAUGCCCUUAGAGACCAUGCAAGGGUAUCUAAACCAACUAUCAUCCUCUCUGGUCCUGUGGCUCGCACCUGUUCUCACUGGGCUUUUGGUGAAGAUCCAUCCCACUAUGAUUAUGAAGCUACCAUCCGAGAAUUAGCUGCCCAAGUGGAGACGGAGCUCGCGCCGAAGGCUCGAAGGAAGAUGGAACGGCGGAUGAAGAAGAGGCUGCGAGAAGAGCGGUUGGAAAACGCGUCGAACCAGGCUGCUCAACAGAUAGGCCGGAUCACACUCAGUCAGCCGACGCCACGGGUCGAGCAUGGAAGUUCUCCUGGGCCGUCGCAUGGGGCAUUGCCAGGUAGUAGUCAGCCUAUUACUGCAAGUCAGAUAGAAUUUGGCAAGUUCGGUGCGAGACCGAAGAAGAAGAGGAAGCUGAGGCAAUCGGGUUUCUGAACCCCGAGACAGAACAACAUAGCAGUUGUUAAUGCCGUGCCGCAGCGAGCUUAUUGUAUCUCGUUUCCAACCUCCGGUCUCAUCGAAUUAGCUUCAUCUCUUCAUAUACGUCAUCAGACGUCACAUCCAACUUACUGACCAAAGUUCCAUCCCUAUCCCCAGGCAUAAUGACACACCGCGUCGUCAGCUCACACACCCAAGCCCCAGCCCC